GUGACUUUGUAGACGGGCCGCCCCGAGAAUCUAUGGCUACUAUAGGAUUUCUCAGCGACGGGGAGACGAGAAGACGGUCAGGAGGCCCUCGGGGGCGGGAGAGGGAGAGCUUUGUGAAUCUAAUUUAACGUGGGGGCGAGGGAGGCGCCUGUCCUGCUUGUUUAGAGGCCGAAGGCUUGGCGCAUUCCUUUUUUUCCCCCUCUCUGGCCACCCUAAUAAAUCACUGUAACAGGGCAGUUCUCAUAACUCGGUCCGAUUCGUUCAGUACAGGGCUGCUGGGCACCGCUGUUAGAGCACGACAGUCAUUAGAGUACGAGAGUCAUUCCCGAGUCCGCAGAUUUGGUGGCGUUGAAUAACUGCCCCUGGUCCGUGCGUUUCUCGCGUGUGAACACGUUCACGUCUCGGGGCUUAUGACACCGGAAUUUAAAAGGAAUGAUGAAAUGUAAUUCAUAUUUAUGCUGCUUUUGAGUAUAGCACAACGUAGAAUAUAAAAGCCGAAGCAGUCCCUUUCUAAUGUAGGACCAAAGCUUACACUUAUUUGUAAAGUUGUAUAAUAGCCAGCACACAAAAUACACUUUUUGGGAGUGUGCAUAUUUAGUCUAUAAGGCAUUACGGUGGUUUUUGUUUUUAAAUUAUUUGAAUUGUUUAAUAGACUAUCAAGGAGGAAAGCUGAACUUGCCUGUAGAGAAGCAUUUGAGAGGAGACAACAGCAUGAAUCAGAAUUAUCUGCAUUAAUCACAGUUGUAUGUUUACAUUUGAUGUUUGUACAUAAGGUGUCAUGAAAAGUGUAUAUGAAGCAGGAUUGAAAAAUUAGGUGGCUCAAUCUGACAAUAAGCAGAAGAAUGAACUUUAGUUAUGAUUUAAAAGCCAUCCUUGAUCCAUGAGCUCUCUGACUUCGCCAUAUUCCUUAAUCAUAAAUAAAUAAAUCCAUUGCUUUUAUAAUUACUGGUUCUACUUCUAGUACUGUUAACUACAUCUUUAACUGCAUUUUUUAAAACCACAUACAUACAUAUGCUCCAUUAGAAGUUUUGGAUACAUUCUACAAAUUAGCCUACAGCAGAUCUUGUACCUGAUUUCAUUGAAUAAUAUAUUAAUGAAACAGUAUUUCAUACAUGUCUUACAAAUAAUACAUAUCACAAUUGGAUGCGUAAAACUUUCAUUCCUUUUUAGAAAUAAUACUAUUAACAAUUUUAUGAUGUGCCUCUUCUUUUUUAAUUCAUUACAGAAUGACAUACUUUAUUAUGUAUUUGUGUUAAGGAGAUUGUAAGGUGAUUCUGCCUUGUUACCAAUCUUUCUACUAUCUUUCUGAUAUUGGUUGUCUAAUGUAACAAACUAGUGCUUGGUCAGGUGUGUGCCUGUAGUUUUAAAAUUCUAGGAAAUAUUGUAUUUUUUUAAUUUAAAUCACUGUUAAUUCUUUCCCGCCUGCUUUGAAUAUAGUAAAUUAUUUUUAAAAAAAUAAUAUACUUUGAAUUUAUGGCCCAUUUUUCUAUCCAUUUGACAAUAAAGAAAGCUUAUAAGUUUUAUUCUAUUUUCAUUUAUUCAACCUAUGUUAGUUUUCCUUUGUUUUUUUAGUUUUAACAUUUGUAAAAAUAUUUUAUUUUAUCUUCUGGGGAUUCUGGGAAUAUUGUGUUUUUUCUGAACGUAGCUUUUACAAAUCCAAUUUUUGAUUGGAUAUUCAGUCAACUCUUUCCUGAUUAAAGAAUGGGGUAGAAAAUUAUGGCUAUAUUGUUUCAUAUGUAUGAUUAUCUAAAAAUUGCUUUUCUUGGAUAAAAGAUUAGUAUGCUGCACUUUGACUGUAAAUAUAACAUUUUAAAUAAAUGUGGCUCUACAAAAUUAAGGCUCAUUGUAGGAGAAUGCUUGCUAUGUUAUAGAAGUAAUUCUUUAGUGAGAUUGGUUUGAAAGAAUACAGUUGCCAAGAACUUAUUGUGUUUACUUAUUCUCCCCUUUCUUUAUUUUGGUAAUAAGGCAAUAUUCAAAUUGAUCUCUUCAACCCUUGAUUGAAUAUUCUGGAAUUAGUCAAUAUACCAUACCUGCAGUUUAUUUGGUGCUCUGAAUGGCUGUUGGAAAGGAAUGUACAGUCUGAUGGCCAAUUGCUGCAGCUGGCUAAAGCGGUGGCGAGAACCCAUCAGGAAGGUGACAUUGAUCAUGGUGGGUCUUGAUAAUGCUGGGAAAACUGCAACAGUAAAAGGAAUCCAAGGAGAAUCCCCUGAAGAUGUGGCUCCAACAGUUGGAUUUUCUAAAAUUGAUCUUAAACAACGAUGGUUUGAAGUCACGAUUUUUGACUUAGGAGGUGGAAAACGUAUCCGGGGCAUUUGGAAAAAUUACUAUGCGGAAUCCUAUGGAGUAAUAUUUGUUGUGGAUUCAAGUGAUGUGGAAAGAAUGGAAGAGACAAAAGAAACAAUUUCAGAAGUUCUAAGACAUCCCAAGAUAUCAGGGAAACCUGUAUUAGUAUUAGCAAAUAAACAAGACAAAGAAGGUGCCUUGGCAGAAGCAGAUGUGAUUGAAUAUUUAUCUCUUGAAAAGCUUGUCAAUGAGCACAAAUGCCUCUGUCAGAUUGAGCCUUGUUCUGCUAUUGUGGGCUAUGGAAGAAAAAUUGACAAAUCAAUAAAGAAAGGUUUACUUUGGCUGUUACACACUAUAGCAAAAGAUUUUGAUGCCUUACAUGAAAGAAUUCAGAAAGACAUCACCGAACAAAAAGCCAUUGAAGAGCAAGAGAAACGAGAGCGAGCAGAAAGAGUGAAGAAGAUAAGGAAAGAAAGAGAACAGAAAGAGAAAGAAGAAAAUGAACGGGAAGGAAGGAGCAUUUUGGAUGAAGAGGACUCUGAGUUUGUAACUGGAAACCCAUUUCAGCCCAUAUCAACUGUAAUCACUAAGAAUGAAAAGAAAAUUGAAAAAGAGAAGAAGAGGCAAAGGGAACAGAAUGAAAAGAUUGCUAUUGCCUUGAAACCUAAAACAAAUCAGGAGAUAAUAGACAUUCAGAGUCUGAACAGUGAACAAUCCAACGAACAGAAACUGAUAGAAAACUAUAAAUCUGCACUAACACAACAAAUGGAACACGAAGAUGAGCAUGACCAGCAGAUCUCAGAAAGUCUUGACUCUGGUGAUAAUGCCACAUUGAAUCUAGGAACAGAAAACAGUAAAAAGAAAGCAAAGAAACUAAAAUUAAAAAGAAAUCAUCGAGUUGAACCAGUCAAUACAGAAGAAAUUGUUUCCCCACUUCCUACUCCAAUUGCAACUCAUACACCAGUUGGAUGGGAAACACCAAAAGUUAACAGAAUUCGAAAACUUGAGCCCCUUGGUGAAACUCAUUAUAAUGGAGUAUAAAGAAAAGAAAAUGAGAGAAAGGACAGAAAAAAGAGAUUUCUAUGGAAAGCCAUUGCCACCACUUGCUAUACAUCAAAGACCGAACAGCGAUAUGCAUGGUGUCAUUUCUUAACAAGCAGUCAUUUUGUAGCUUUCAAGAGGAAUCUAAAAUAACAUUACAUUAGACAUUGCUUCUUUUUUGAAGAGAUACCUGGUAUUCUUACAAGUUGCUGGGCAAGGGCAUCACGGUUACAUUGGGUUCCUGGUAAGGAUGUUUCUUCUAAAUGUUAACGAUCCUGCUUCCUCAGUUUACCAGCUGCUCUUCAAAGUUGAUACGGAACAAGGAACCUCAUACAAGCAGAAUUCUUGCAAAAGAAAUGACAACAGGAUAUUUAUUUCCCUUGCUGGAAACAAUGUUCUCAAGACCAAACUCAACUUGAUUAUGCACACACAUGCUUUCAGUUUGGCUAAAUAUUUUUCUAUAUUCAACACUUCAGGAGUUUUUUUAAAAGUACAUGCAUGUUCAAAUGGGAAAAAUACGAACUAUACAUUUAAACAAUUUGAUAUAUUUUUAUAGUAUUUUAUUUUUUAAGAAUAUUUGAUCAGCAGAACUAUUUUGACAUACUAAAAUGCAUACCUAUAUUCAUACGUAUCUACUACAUUUUUUUUUUGGAAAAGCAAUAUACUUGUGUGUGAUUUGCUUCACAGUUUGCCUAUUUGUUAAUUAUGUCUUUUUAUCUUGUUCUUGGUCCACCAGAAAGAAAUGUGUGUUGGAAGGAAACUAUAUUUAUGUUUUCCUUGAUGGGAAACACCACUUUUGAAGUUAAUUGAGACCAUUAAUUUUGUGUUCUUGGAGCUAGAGGGAGAGGUAACCUUUUGACUUUCCAAAGGAUAGAAAGAUAUGUCCUUCAAUUACUGUAUAGAGUAUUCAUGGCCACUUCUCUUGCAGUAGUCAUUUCAUCUUGGGGAACAUGUGAACAUAUGGAUUAGGGAACCAGGGCUAUGGGUCACUUUAAAGUAAGUAGAAGUAGAAUUGUAGAAUUGAGUUAUACCUCCUUACAACAAAUGUAACGAAUGUAUCUUCUCCCAGGCUUAUGGGGCAAGCUUAGCUGUUUUAAAGGUAAUAGGUGGAUGCAAAGUUCAUGUUCUUUCACAAUCCAAGCCUUGGCUUUGAAUUCAAAUUACUCCAUAACCUUUAUUUUAUUCACGCAGACACAUUUCCCCAUUAUGUUGGGGUUUCAUAUAUGCUGAAAUAAAUGACAAUGUUUAUUUUAAAAAGGUAUCUUUCUCCCCUGAAGAUUUUUUUAUUGCUUCAGUUGUUAAUAAUUGCAAAUAUUAUUCUAACAAUGAACAUUUUUAAAAACGCCUUUCUUUAAAAAAAACAUUACAAUCCAAUUUUUACUUCCUUUUUCGUCAUUGCAUAUUAGAGGUAAAUGAUCAAAAUUUGCAUAUGAUCAGAGGUUUCUCUGUAUGCUCAGAUGGUGAAAGUAAUUGAAUGGCUUACAAAUAUCAUAAAGCCUUAAUACUUAACUGAAAAAUCUGUGAAUGUAAUGAAGUUUGGAAAUUCUCACCUUCCAGCAACAUCUUAUUCAAAAGCUUCUGUUUCUUUGCAGUUUAAAGUAAUGCUUUUGUUCUGCUUCAUAAUAGUAACACCCAUGUAACAGUAACAGUCAUGAAACUGAUCAAUUUGAAUCCUUUCAUCCAUGAUCUGUAUCUGUCCUAAAGUCAUAGAAAAAUAGUCUCAUAAACAUAGUUGGUUGCAUGCAUACAAGCUGAAUGAGCUUGCUGUUGUAAGAUUACUUUCUGGCUAAUGUAAAAAAUGAUGCAUAAUUCAUGGUACGUAAUUGUUUCCAUAUAUAUUGAAUUCCUGAAUUUUUAGAUUAUAAAAAUUGAAGUUUAUUUUUCAUUUUCCCUUUUAGUUAAGGACUGUCUUACUUUCUUGAAGCUCAAAAACAUUUUUUCCUUUCUCAAGGCUAAUGCAAUAAGACUUCUUACCCAUGCUGUAUUUUUCCCUUCCUCCAGUCCUCAAAAUCUGUUUCAAAUAGAAGAUUUUCUGUCUGGAGAACAUAUUGAACUCACGGGGAAGUUGCAACUCAUAGGAAGAAUUAUUUACCUUCUAUUUUAUUAGUGGAAAUAGAUUCAAUAAUGAAGUAUAUUCAUGGGAUUUUUGUUGUUACCAGAUGCAUAAAUACUAGGAAUGUGUUUUUAACAUGUUGACUUUCCUUUUGUUUAUUUAUUGAAUAGUACAUUUAAUGUUUUUAUGUCUGAAAUAAAGAUACACAGAAAUGUGAUUUAAUAUUU